AUGGCAAAGAAUUCAUCUCUCACGUCCGGUUCCAUCGUUCAAAUUCCAAAGGUCUAUCACUACGACCAAACACAUCAUGUUUUGAUUCUGCAAGACUGCGGUGACUUGCCAACACUCGAAUCGGUUCUUUUAAAUACGCCGCCUAGCAUUGAAGUAUCUGCACAAAUUGGGCAUGCAUUAGGAGAGUUUUUAGCAAAACUUCAUGUUUGGGGACGUGAAAAUGAAUAUAUGAAAAAAACGUUUGAAAAUUACAUAACGCCUGUGACCAUAUCUCUAUUUACAUCUUAUGGAAAAUCUGAUGCAACAGAGAAAGAAUUAGUACUAACAAAUGCGGAAAAGUUGGUUUUGAAUGAAAUUGUGACGUCAGUAAUCGAAUCUAUGCAGCAACGAGAAACAUUUACAAUGGGAGAAUUUUGGCGUGGAAACAUUCUAGUUGAUAUUGAUCCUGAUACAACUAUGCUUCGACAAAUAUAUAUCAUUGAUUGGGAAAUGGCUCGAUAUGGUCUACCAUCCCACGAUGUCGCUCAAUUUAUCCCAGAUUUCGUUAUGCCUCCUCGAUUUAAAUAUCAUCUAUCCUCCAACGCUCUCUUGUCGUCAUUUUUGCUAACCUAUAAAAAACUAUGUCACCUCGAUAAUCAAGAUAUUAAAACUGUGGCUACACACGUGGGUAUGCAUAUUUUUGUUUGGGCCAAUGGAUUCGCAUUGAAGUACGGAGAAGACAAAAAACAAUUUGUUGCAAUCGGUACUGAAUAUAUGAUGAAAGCGUGGGCUCAGGACUGGUCAUGGUUAGAAAGAAGUGUAAUCAAAGAUCUUUUUUAA